UUUUUGUUCCUUUUUUGUAGUGAAUUAAGCAUAACAUUGUCCUUCAAUUCCAUGGAGUCAGUUUAAAAAAUUGUUAUCUUUUCAUCCAUUUAAAAUGUUCGAAAGGAAAAAGUCCACCUUAGUCCACCUGGAGGCCAAUAUACAUCUCAGUUAUGUAGUCAUGAUCAAAUUUUGUGGCUUCUUCUGUUCCCAUUACACUGGAAAAUUGUCUAUAUCACCAAAUACUAUAGAAAGAUUUCUUGAAUUGUUCCCAAAUUCUAUAUUUUAAUGCUCUUUAAACUGGCACUUUUUUUGAAGAAGACUGUGAAAUAACACUAAGAAGUAGACCUGUGAAAUAACAGAUAUGUACAGUCAGAGUGCAAGUUCUAGUGGAGACAGACACAGAAUUAGAUCAUUAUAAUAUACGGUGUCUAAAUAAUUUUAAGAACAAAAAUUGUCCCAAUACUUAAGCCUUCGUAUAUUUAUUUUAUAAUACCAAAGCAUAAAGAUGAAAAGUCAUAUGUUUAAAUUGAAUUAACUUUUAAAUAAUUUAAUGCAUUUUAAACAAAAUAUUUGGUACUUUUAUUGUAUGGCUUAUGUAGAUUAUCACACUCCCUUUAUGAGUUCAAAGGAGGAGGCAAGGGUAUUGGCUCACAUGGCUCACAUGAAUGCAUUGGACUGAAUAGGCCUCUUUUAGUCUUCUCUAACCACCUGGAAUUACACUGUCCUUGUAAGAUCCCUAAGCUGAGCUGGCUCUGAGUUUCAGUUUCGGGGGGAAUAUCUAACUUCUUCUGUGGUAAUAGAAUAUGCCUAAAGUUCAUAAGUGAUCUUGUCUUUUGUGUGUUACUCAUAAAAUUUGUAUCAAAGAAUGUUAGACUCAGAAAAGAAUGAUAUCAAAGCUCCUCAUUAUUAUAAGAAAGGAAAUGGAGGGAGGAAUCAUUAAGCAACUUGCCGGGGCUAUCCAAACUGUGUGAUUACAGCCUAAUUCAAAAUAAGGAAAACAAGUUCGUGGUAUUCAUUAGUGACUUCUUUAAGAUAAAUACCAGCAAUGUUAUGCAGCAGCAAACAUCAGUAGGGUAGUAUAUGGGAAAUCAUCUUAUUCACAGAAUUCUUCACCUCUCUCUUUACCUGUAACUUGAAGACACUACCCCCAUAUUUUGUUCCCUGUAUAAACCAACAGCUGCUAGAUCCUUAAAAACAGCCGUAAAAAAUAAAGGUAGAUAACAGAAUCUGUCACCAUUUUUCAUUCAGACAGAUCUCAGUAGGUUAAUACCCUGUAACGUGAUCACCAGCUCAGUUAAUCCUUGGAGUCCCAUCGCAGUUCAUUCCCUGCUCUUGACUCCAUCAGGACCAUGUGCCAUGUUUAAUUAUACAUGCCAGCAAAACGUAACAGGCAUAUGUUUGGUUUUUCCUCUCAUCUGUCCAGCUUCCCUUUCCUCUACCUUUUAGGGUGAAAAAUCUCAGCUGUACUUAAAUUACCUGCUGACGUCUAUUGCUUUAAAAAUGACCUCCAGGAAAAUCACAAUAGUGAGUUGUGCCUGUAUAAGUAAGGGGUCUGUGAUUUUGCACUAAAGUCAGUUCUAAACUUAGAUUCUGACAAAACUAAAACAUGAACUAGCUGCCAGUUUACCCUAAUGCAUACAUAAUAUUUAUUUCUGAGGAUGAAGAAAAAAGGCAAACUAGUCACUGUCUGCUACUCAGCAUUCUGGCUGCAAUAUUCUGUCUGCAGCCCUUAUCAAAGGGCAAUUUCACAUUUGAUUGAUUUGGAGAUUAUUUAACUAGGGUUUCAUAUUUUAAAGACAGAGCUCAUUUCUAUUCUAUUUCAACCAAGAAAAGCACUUUGUUUUUACCUUCUAUAUCAUACAAAUAGUUAAAUACUUCCGGCUGCAGCAAGUUUCCACUUUAAAAAUAGAAAAUGCUAGGGCAUGCCUGGCCCAUCCCCCACACCGCAUCUACCAGCCUCUGGCUCUCAGUAUUUCCGAACAGAGUUCAAUGUCGAAGGCAUUCUCCAGUCAGCACUCAGGAACCUUUAUGAAAGUCUGAAGGGAAGAAAAAAGUAGGUAGAAAUCCAGACGGUAAUAUUUCUUCUGACUAGAGCACUUGCAUCUUAAGACAUCUGCUUGUCACAGACAAAACAUCAACCAAACUAUGUCCGCAGAUACUGCUCAUGAAGGCAACUGCAUUAAGCAGCAUCUCAUGAAAAGAAGGCUAGACAGUAUAGAGGAAUGUUCUUCCAAACGCAAAGCUAGCUGGGGUAUUCUGACCAGUCAAGGUUCCUGGGCAGAUCGAUCACCACUACAUGAAGCUGCAAGUCAAGGUCGCCUCCUUGCUCUGAGAACAUUAUUAUCACAGGGUUAUAAUGUAAAUGCAGUAACCAUCGACCAUGUCACCCCCUUGCAUGAAGCCUGCCUGGGAGAUCAUGUGGCCUGUGCCAGAACUCUUCUGGAAGCUGGAGCUAAUGUCAAUGCAAUCACGAUAGAUGGUGUGACUCCAUUAUUCAAUGCAUGCUCUCAAGGCAGUGCAAGCUGUACUGAACUCCUUUUGGAAUAUGGUGCCAAAGCCCAGCUGGAGUCCUGCCUUCCAUCUCCCACACAUGAGGCUGCUAGUAAAGGUCAUCAUGAAUGUCUCGACAUAUUGAUAUCCUGGGGCAUAGACGUUGACCAAGACAUUCCUCAUUUGGGCACUCCUCUUUAUGCAGCUUGUAUGUCACAGCAAUUUCAUUGCAUCUGGAAACUUCUUUAUGCUGGAGCUGAUGUUCAGAAAGGCAAAUAUUGGGAUACUCCCCUACAUGCUGCUGCUCAACAAUGCAGUACAGAAACUGUAAACUUGCUGCUAGAAUUUGGAGCAGAUGUUAAUGCCAAGAACACAGAGUUUCUGCGACCUAUAGAUUUAGCUACAUCUAACAGUGCAGUGGAAAGAAUAUUGCUUCAACAUGAAGCUACUCCCAGCUCUCUUUGCCAACUUUGCCGACUCUGUAUCCGAAACUACAUAGGAAGAUCAAGGUUUCAUCUUAUCCCACAGCUCCAGCUGCCAACAUUACUGCAGAAUUUCUUACAAUAUCGAUAAAGCAGUAAAAUAGCUCUACAUUCUUGGAAAAAUCAAAAAUUUCUACUUCAUUUGCGUAAUGAAUAUUUCAUAUUAAAGUGUGCGAAAGAUAGGGCAGAAAUGAGUAUGAGACCACCCAGGCAAGCAGUAGAAUAUCAAUUUUCACUUUAAGUGUACUAGUUAAUACUAAUUUUAUGAAUUUUUAUGUAUUUGGAUUAUAUGUUUAAAAUAUCUAUAUGUUAUAGCUAUUCCAAUAUAUCCUCUUGUU